AUGGCGCUUAUGAAAUUUGCUUUCGCUUUGCUAGCCCUGGCUGCCUUGGCUGUCGCUAAGCCGUCUCAUCCUUUUGCACUGCACUCAGCCAUACCCGAACAUUUCGAUUUUGCACCACCUGUAUUGCCGCCUACGCACUUCCAUGCCGCAGCACCUGUUCCUGAGCCCUGGCUACCAGCGCCUCAUCUACAUGCCGCAGCACCAGCACCUCUGUUGCCAGCACCCGCCCAAUACCUCCCGGCCCCAGCACCACUGCUACCCGCACCCACUCCCAUCUUACCAGCUCCCAUCUUUCCCGCUCCCGCUCCCAUCAUUCCCGCUCCCGCACCCAUCUUUCCUGCUCCCGCACCCAUCUUUCCAGCUCCAGCUCCUGCGGCUAUUCUGCCAGCGCCUCUUUUGCCCGCUCCAGUAGUGCAUCAUCAUCAUCAUGUGCUGCCCGCUCCUCUGCCCGUACCAGUACCAGUUUUGUCUGCUCCAGUAUUGGAACCUGCACCUUUUGUUGCUCCUACAUACCGUGCCAUUCCGGGACCCAAAACCACUACUCAUCAUGUGUCAGUCGGUUAUGCCUUUCCUCAUGCUCAUGUGGCCAAAAUUGUAGCGCCUCACGCUCAUUUGCAUGCCGCGCAUGUGCACUCGCUCGUAGCUUUGUUCGCCUGCGUCGCUGUAACCAAUGCUAGUCUAUUGCCUGCUGCUGCCAUUGCGCCCGGCAUUGUCGCGCCCUAUGCAUCCUCAUUCAACACUCAUUACAUAAAUCAUGCUGUUGCGUUGCCAGUUGCACCAGCUCCAGUUCCAGUUGCUGCUCCGGCUCCUGUCGCUUUGGCCGCGCCAGCUCCCAUAGCAGCGCCCAUAGCCUUCGCCCCAAAAGUGGCUUUCCCCGCUCCAGCUCGAGUUGCAUUCGCUGCUCCUGCUAGAUUAGCUGCUCCUUGGGCAGCUCCUCUGCCAAUUGCUCCGGCUCCACUUCCUUUAGCUCCGGCACCACUACGAUUCGCGGCACCAGCACCAUUUUUCGGCUAG